AUGGCGAUUUUGGGGGAGGCACCACCACGCUCAACAACCCACAACGGCAGUUUUGGGGGAGAUUUCACCAUGCAAAGUGGUGCAGUGAAGGGUCACACGAAGCUGCCAAUGAUGGGUGUGUUUUCAAGUGUGAGCCCCUUGGAAAUCCUUGUGCUCUUCAAAGACCUGCCUUCAUUGCAAAAUGCACGCCCCAAUGAGUAUGUGUUCACCACUACUCUUUCUGCUUGUUCUCAUGGUGGGAGAGUCAAUGAAGGGAUGCAGCGUCAUGGGCUUUUGUUUAAGUUUGGGUCGGGGAUGAUUGGCAUGGUCUCCAUUGGAGAUGUGGUUCGUGUUAUGGUGGUUGAGUUGUUUACAAAGUGGAGCUUAAUAGAAGCGGUAAUACUGUAUGCCUUUGUCCAAAUUUUUGGGUCUGGUUGUGGUGGAGGUGUCGCAGCUGUUGUUCUUUCAAGUGCUGGCCACAAGGUGGUUGUUCUUGAGAAAGGAAACCAUUUUGGUCGUCAGAUUAUUCAUCCCUCGAAUGGCCUUCCAUGA